ACAACAAGAUGAACAACGAACUAAAGAUUAAAGUUGAACGUUGUGCUCACACAGCCGAGGAUUUCACGCGCCUUUACUACGCUUCCUUUGACAAUCGUCGCCAUCAAUUAGGACGUCUGUACCUUGACAAUGCAGUCUUUAGCUGGAAUGGAAAUGGAGCCAAUGGACGUCAAAUGAUCGAGCGCUAUUUUCUGGAGUUGCCUUCGUCUAGCCAUCAGAUGAACACCCUGGAUGCCCAGCCCAUACUAGAUGCUGCAGUGGGCAUUCAGCUAACGUACUUGGUAAUGGCCAGCGGCACUGUUAAGUAUCAAGACCAGCCGACUCGUAAUUUUCAGCAGGCUUUCAUUGUAACUGCCGAAGGUGACAAGUGGAAAAUCGCCUCGGACUGCUAUCGAUUGCAGGAAGUGACCCUGUGAUCAAUCCAGGUGCACCUAGUUCAUAAGUUUACACAAAUAAAAGUUAAACUUAACUUGAAA